AGGCCUACUACCAACUUGGAACUAGCAGCGCCUUUGCGGGAGCUUUACAGAUUCGUAACUGUGUGAGUGAGGGAAAUUGCAGGUUGCUGUUGGCAGUAUGAUUCACUUUUAGUGGUCAAUGAAAGCAGUUCUGAAACUAUUGUCAUAUCAGACAAUAAGGACCUUUGGACAGUUAUUUACAAAAGUUCCUUUACAAGUUACUGUUCUUGCCCGUUGGAGCCCGUCGCCUCUCCGCAGUGCUUUGCGCUUUCAAUUCUUUUUAGGAGUCACAAAUUACUCAAACAUGGCAGAACAGCGAUACUGUGUGGAGUACGCAAAACGUGGGACUGCUGGCUGUAAGAAAUGCAAGGAGAAGAUUGGAAAAGGUUUGGUACGCAUAGGCAAAAUAGUUCCAAACCCUUUCAGUGAGUCUGCUGGCGACAUGAAGGAGUGGUAUCACAUUAAGUGCAUGUUUGAGAAACUGGAGAGAGCACGGGCAACUACAAAGAAAAUUGAUGAUCUGACUGAUCUGGAAGGUUGGCAGGAACUUCAAGACUGUGAUAAAGAGCUAAUCAACCAGCAUGUCACUGAACUUGCUACAAAAACAGCAGCUACACCUCGAAAAAAGACCCCAUCCAAGGGAAACCAAUCUAUGGCGGCACAAGGAACAACUCCCACUAAGGCACCAGCAACCAGUCCUUCUCCUCUAAAAUUUUCGGGAUACUCAGCAAAACCCAGUCAAUCUCCAAGCCCACCAAGCUCAGGCACUGGCUCCAGUCUUUCCACUGCAAAGUGUGACCCUAAACAUAAGGACUGCCUUCUGCGUGAGUUCCGCAAGCUUUGUGCAAUGGUUGCGGAACAGCCAAGCUACAAUUCCAAAACACAGAUCAUUCGUGAUUUCCUAACUAAGGGAACAAGUGGAGAUGGAUUUCAUGGUGACACAUAUCUGACAGUAAAGCUGCUAUUACCAGGUGUUAUUAAGUCAGUGUACAACCUCAAUGAUAAGCAGAUUGUUAAACAUUUCAGUCGUAUUUUUAAUUGUAACCAAGAGGAGAUGGUACGGGACCUAGAGCAGGGAGAUGUCUCUGAAACUGUGCGCAUCUUCUUUGAGGAAAGUAAAAGCUUUCCACCUGCGUCUAAGAGUCUACUGACAAUCCAUGAGGUUGAUGAUUUGCUUACUAGACUUUCAAAAAUGACUAAAGAAGAAGAUCAACAGAAUGUCCUGGAGGACAUUGCUCGCAGGUGUACCAGUAAUGAUCUUAAAUGCAUAAUUCGCCUGGUUAAGCAUGACUUGAAAAUGAACUCUGGAGCCAAACACGUGCUGGAUGCUCUAGAUCCUAAUGCAUAUGAUGCAUUUAAAGCUUCACGCAAUCUAGGGGAUGUAGUAGAGCGUGUUUUACGCAAUGAACAGCAGGCUCCAGGAAUGAAACGAACUCUUAGUGUCCAGGCUUCAUUAAUGACUCCAGUUCAGCCUAUGCUUGCUGAAGCUUGCAAAUCUAUAGAGUAUGCCAUGAAGAAGUGUCCCAAUGGUAUGUAUGCUGAAAUAAAAUAUGAUGGUGAAAGAGUCCAAGUACAUAAGAAUGGAGAUCACUUCAGCUACUUCAGUCGCAGUCUCAAGCCAGUGCUUCCUCAUAAGGUUGCUCAUUUUAAGGAUUUUAUACCCAAAGCAUUUCCAGGAGGAAACAGUAUGAUUCUGGACGCAGAAGUUCUUCUUAUAGAUACCAAUACGGGCAAGCCACUACCAUUUGGCACUUUAGGUGUUCAUAAGAAAGCUGCUUUCAAAGAUGCCAGUGUGUGCUUGUUUGUUUUUGAUUGCAUUUAUUUCAACGGAGUGAGCUUAAUGGAUCGGCCACUUAACGAGCGACGAAAGUUUAUGCGUGAAAACAUGGUUGAAAUCCCAAAUCACAUUAUGUUCUCUGAGAUGAAACAUGUCACAAAAGCUGCUGAUCUGGCUGACAUGAUCACCCGUGUUAUCCGAGAGGGAUUGGAGGGUCUGGUAUUAAAAGAUAUAAAGAGUAAUUAUGAGCCAGGAAAACGCCAUUGGCUCAAAGUCAAGAAGGAUUACUUAAAUGAAGGUGCAAUGGCAGACACAGCUGACCUGGCAGUUUUGGGCGCUUAUUAUGGAAAGGGAGCAAAUGGUGGUAUAAUGUCCAUCUUUCUCAUGGGUUGCUAUGAUCCUGAAGGCCAGCAUUGGUGCACUGUGACAAAAUGCUCAAGUGGUUAUGAUGAUGCUACCUUGCAACGCCUUCAGAAGGAGCUGAACAUGGUCAAAAUCAGCAAGGAUCCAUCCAAGAUUCCUUCAUGGCUUAAAAUCAAUAAGAACUAUUUCCCAGAUUUCAUUAUACAGGAUCCGAAGAAAGCUCCCAUUUGGGAAAUUACUGGUGCAGAGUACUCAAAGGCAGAGGCUCAUACAGCUGGUGGGUUAUCCAUUCGCUUCCCACGCUGCACACGUUUUCGUGAUGACAAGGACUGGAAAACCGCCACAACACUCCAACAACUAAAGGAACUUUAUCGUCUCUCAAAAGAGAAAUCGGACUUUAAUAUCACUGCCACAUCCUCUCAAGAUGAGGAUGGUUCAUCUGAAUGCAGUAGUCGAGAGAAUGAAGGAAACUCUACUCAAACUUCUUCAGGCAGCUUGGUUAAGACAAUAAAAAAUGUCCCUUCAAAAUCUCCUGCCAAGGGCAAAACCAGUGAAAGUAGUAAACUACCUCCUCAGAAGAAAAAAGAAGAGCCGAUGAAAGCAGAGAAGCGCAAAUCCCACACUCCUACAACUGUACAGAGUAAAAAGGCUAAGAUUUCAGAAACAGGUCAUAGUAACGGACACCGCAUAGCCCAAUCAACUGCAGCUAAUAAAACUCUUCUGGACAUAUUCACUGGUGUAAAGCUGCAUAUUCCUUCCACACUUGAUGACUUUGCCAAACUGCGCCGUUAUUUUAUCGCCUUUGAUGGGGACCUGGUACCAGAAUAUGAUCUUCCUACAGCCACACAUGUGAUGGGUGAUGCACCUGAUAGUGACACAGAUGCCAAACAUGUAACACCACACUGGAUAUGGGCGUGUAUAAGACGCAGGCGAUUAGUUAGCUGUGUUGAUGAGAAUUGUGUGUAAGGUGGCACUGACGGCACAAAUUUGUUUACAUUUUUACACACCAGGAGAAGGCAUCACAGAUAAACCAUUCUGACUGAAUUUUUUUUGUUUAGAAUUCACUAGCUAGAAUUGCUAGUGAUGAUGGCUGCUACAUUACUAACAAGCAGAGGAUAUAAGAUCUGACAGUAAUCUCUUACUGUCUGGAUACAGAUUCUGCAUCCAAAGUAGCACUCUUCAUUUUUCGAUAUCACAUUGCCAUGGGACAUCUGAAGCAACAUAUUCAGCUGUGUUUGUACAGUAGGUUUUUAGCUGAGGUUUUUUACCUCAUAAAUGCAAUCUGGUAGUUUGUGAUAUUUAACUGCAAAUAUGAUUUAAAAAUAUCAUAGAUCAUUUCAUGAAGCUUAAACGGGACAGCCUGCAUUUUUACUCCCAGAAGUGAUGAUAAUAGGAUGUGCACAGAUUCGGGAUCUGAACAGAUUAUUUUUCUUGUCUAAGCAUGCUGUGGGUAAUGCUUGCCUGCAGCAGUUAAAAGUCCAUGAAUGGUUUGCCAGUCCUACAGAAACAUGGUAAAUCCACUGGGAUCCACAAAUCCUAAAUCGUUUUACCUAUCUAGUGUUAAUUGUAUAAAUCGGUAAUACAGGAGAAAUGUAUUGUUUAUAUUGGUGGAAUCACAAAAAAUGGUGUUAAAUGCAGGAUUACUUAAAAUCAGGUUGUAAAAUUCUUUGUGUAUGAUGCUUCUGUGAUGUCAGAUAUUGGGGGACCAUUCCAGGCAUAUCCAGAAUUCUUUAGUUUGCUUAAAAUGCUAGAUCCACAAUUAAGGUUGGCUACUGUAAGAAGUGGAUUGUAGCAGUGUUUACAUCUCAUUUUCCUGUAUCGGGAAAGCCGUUGCUACAAGUGAUCAGCAUAAGAAUGCUUGUCCAACAAUACAAUUGGUGCUUUGAUAAUUAAGUACUUGACUGUGUCUCAUAUACCACACCACACGUUACAGUCCCUUUGUUAUAAUAUACAUUUUCAUGAUGUCUUGUAACCAAAGGUUUUUAUAGGAGUUUUAGUUUUUAAACUGGAGGUCAUCUGCAGCUGAAUUCAGAUGUUCUGUACAAUUGUGUAUGUUGAUUUGUCUCCCUGUCCAAAUGACUAUCUUUCCAAAAAAGAUUGCUCGUUUCAAUACAUGCAUGUAGAGCUGAAUCGUCUGAUAUACAGGUAGAAACAAUAGAAUUUUACCUGUAUCUGACGAUUCAGCAAUAAUGGCUGAUGUUUGGGUGCCUUCAAAAGCGCCCAAUCAAAAUUUUCUGGCCAGCCCCAAUUGACGAGCCGACCAAUAUCCAAGUCUUCUGCCUAUAUCUGCCGGCUCGUCUUCCACCAUACACGCACCGAAUAUCUUACAAAAUUUUGUUUUGUACAAUAUCAGUGCAUUUACAGCCACCUUAACAGUGUGGAACAUUAAUUAAAGCAUAGUCUUAACUGUGCCAACUAUUAUUUCUAGCUUAAGUACACAAGUUCUCUUUUAAGGAAUUUCCUACCAUUGAAGGAAAAAAGUGGUUUAAAAAUGUAGGUCAAUGUUUUUGUCAACAAGGUUUGUUUGCAUAAACUAUUAUGAAUUCUUAUUUUUCUGUACAGGAACUAUAAAUCUAUGACCAGUCAUUUUGGUACUAA